AUGAAUAUAUGCUUUGCAAGAUGCUGGUACAAACUUGUUAGUACUACUAAGGCUCAGUUCAGUCUGCCGAAGCGUUAUCAGUCUUAUAAGAGCGGUAGAACUGCAAACAAUAACAAGGUAGCUGCGAAAAAAGACUCAAAAAAUGGCCAUACUGUAAUAAGCGAGGGUUCAGAUGUAUCAAAUGCUGGGAUCCAUGUUGACCAGGCAAGAAGAAAUUACCUGCUGCCAAGAGUACCGUCUACUGACUAUAUCCCAAAUACAGAAGUUCAAACAGAGGGUUUGUUCGCCGGUUACAGACCAUUAUUCCUUGGUAAUUCGUCCCUUCGACCUGAGACUAGAACAAACGCCUUGGAUAAUUUCUUCACAUCAUUUGCUAACCUCAAAGUUACCAGUGAAUCGAAGAAUUCAGCUGAAGAGGAGGUUCAAGAUGUCAUAGAAGAAUUAAAGAGAGAUAGCGCACAGCUGAAUUUGAAGAAUAGCAAAGGAAAAAAUCGAAAACCAAUUAUUCCUUGGGAUGCGUCGAUAAGUGGCAUGGUUUACAAUGAUCACUCUUUCAAAGAUGUUCCUAAAAGCGUAGUCUCAAAAUUGAAGCCCUUUAAAAUGGUCAAAUUAGAAAGGGCAGGCGAAUCAAAGAAGAACAAUAAAGCUCCUGAUAUGAUCAAGAUGAAAUUCCAUAGCUCUAAAAUUAGUGAUGAACCGGAAAUGAUCAAUAUACUCACAGUCCACAAUAGCAGAAAACAUCCAAGAUCCAGAGAUACCGAUUCAAGCAAGGCACAUCAUGACUCACUCAUUGACUCGCGAAGAAAUUACGAGAAAGAGCUGAAGGGAUUUGCCUACAAGCACAAGUUUAUCAAAAGUGAUCAAAAGAUUCUGAAAAAUGAGGCGGAUAAGCUUAAUAGAAUGUUGGCAAAAGAGUUUUACAAACAAACGAAUUUGUCGAUAAAGACUGAGUUUAGUGGGAACAUUUUGCCGCUAUACAUCUACGUGGACAAAUCCAUAGUAUCACGGCGCUUAUUUCGGUCGUUCUUAAAAAAGCAAUUGACCACGCAUAUGGAACCUGUACUUUCGGCAAUCUUAGCGUCUUACGAUAACCAAGAGUGGGCCGACAGGUUCCAUGCCAAAGUCAAAUUGAAGAUUAACAAACUUGUCUGUGAAAUCCCUAAUUUCCUGCCAUCUGUUUACUUCACGGGACCUUCAGUUGAUUGUGUAAUACAUUCGAGUCCUGUGCCUGGAUUCAAAAGAAUGCAUUGGAUAAAGCCCACUAAGAGACGAACAGUAUUUUGGGGUAAAAAUAUUGACAUGGAUUACUUCUUUAACUUGAAUGGUAACUAUACCGUCACUAGGAGUGGCGUGAAGUACAUGAGAUAUCCAGUUAAUCUUCAAUGGCGAUCCUUUAGCGCUGCAUUCUCAGAGUGGGACUACUUUGCAUAG